GAAACUAUCAAAUGUAAAAUUGUUGAAAGACUAAUGUAAUAGCAACUGUAAUCUAUAUCAACUUAGAUUAUUGUUAAAUUUUUGCCUCAUUUGCUUUCUUUCUUUAUACAUCCUUUCUCUUGGUAAAUCUUUUGAAAGUAAGUUGCUAACAUCAUGUCACUUCACCCAAAUAUUUAAGCAUGCAUCCUCCAAAAAGAACAUUUUUCUGCAUAGCACAAUAUCAUUCAAACAGUUGGAAAAACAAUAAUUUCAGUCCAUUCUCAAAUUUUCCCAGAUGUCUCUUAAGAUCUAGUCAUGGUUUACGCAUUUCAGUUUGUUAUCUAAAUUUAAAAUGGUCUCAUCUUUUCUCCCCCAUGAUAUAUAUAUAUAUAUAUAUAUAUUUUUUAGAUGUUGGGGGUAGGAGUUUAUUAAUUUAUUUUAUUUAUUUUUGCUGUGUUGGGUCUUCGUUUCUGUGUGAGGGCUUUCUCUAGUUGUGGCAAGCGGGGGCCACUCUUCAUCGCGGUGCACGGGCCUCUCACUGUCACGGCCUCUCUUGUUGCGGAGCACAGGCUUCAGUAGUUGUGGCUCACGGGCCUAGUUGCUCCGCGGCAGACCAGGGCUCCAACCCGUGUCCCCUGCAUUAGCAGGCAGAUUCUUAACCACUGCGCCACCAGGGAAGCCCCCCCAUGAUAUUUUUUAAUUGAAAAAUUUACUGAGAUAAAUGUAGAUUCAUGCAAACUUAAAUAAUACAGAGUAAUCCUUUGUACACUUGGCCAGUGCCUCCAAAUACCAUUUUACAAAAUUCAUAGUAUAAUAUCACAACCAGCAUAUUGACACUGACAUGAUCUACCAAUCUUGUUCAGAUAUCCCUAGUUUUACAUAUCCCUAGUUUUACUUGUACACACUUGUGUGUGUCUGUAUAUAUUAAGUUCUAUACAAUUUUAUCAAUUGUGUAGGGUUCAUUUAUAUAGCACUACAGCCCAGGUACUGAACAAGUCCAAAAACCAUAAGAAUCUCUCAUGCUGCCCUUUUAUAAACACAACCUCCUUCCCACAUCCCCUCCCUGCACCUCUAACUCUAAGCCCUGGCAAUCACUAAUGUCUUCUAUUUCUAAAAUUUUGUAAUUUCAGUAAUGUUAUAAGUUGAAUCGUACAGUGUGUAAUCUUUUGGGAUUAGCUUCUUUCUGCUCAGCGCAUUCCCUGGAGAUUAACCCACGUUGUAUGGCCAUAGUUCAUUCCUUUUUAUUGCAAAGCCAUGAUCCAAGGUAUGUAUUGAAGUUUAACCACUUACCUGUCGAAGGACAUCUGAGCUGAUUCCACUUUUUGACUAUUAUGAACAAAGCUGCUGUGAACAUUUGUGUAUAGCUUUUAGAGUGAAUGUGAGUUUUCAUUUCUCUGGGAUAGACACCCUGGAGUGCAAUUGCUGGGUUGUAUGGUAGUUCCAUGCUUAGUUUUUUUAAGAAAUUACCAAACUCUUUUCAGAGAGGCCAUACCAUUCUACAUUCCCCCGUGAUAUUUUGUGUGUGUGUGUGUGUGUGUGUGUGUGUGUGUGUGUGUAUGAAGAAUCCAAAUCAGUUUUUAAAAAUAGUCCCACCUACAUUUUUAUUUGUUUGAUUUUUUUUACCCGUAAAAGUAUCAUUGAGUUUGUUUCUCUACCUCCUGAAUUUCCUGUAGACUGGAGGUUAGGGCUAGAGGUUUGAUUAAAGUUAGGUUAGAUUUUUGUUGUUGCAUCACAUGAACCCUAAGGAAGUCAGAGUGUGCUGGUGGACAGCAAGUCUCUUUGAACAGUGAUUAAACACGACACAGCACAGACUCAGAAUGACAGCAAACAUGUAUCAAGGGCAUUGGGGUAUUGUGCCAUGAACCCUGAAGAGUGAAAGGUGAGGAUCAGAUUCCUGCCCCCAAAGAACUCUAUCUUUUGAAAUUAACAACUAAUUCUAAUAGUGUGAGCCCACUAAUAGGGAUAUGCCAAGUAGCAGCUUGGAGACAGCAAUUAAUUCUGCUUUGGGGGUAUGUGUAUGGGGUUAUAAAACUUAAGGCUGAACUCUGAGGUGGCCUUUGAAUAAAAGAAAAAUAGAUUCCAUAUAGAAUGGCCCUAAGUAAUGAUCCUGAGGUGUAAAGGGCAUUUUGGAGUCCCUGGUUUUACAUAUUACGGAAUUAAAAUUUUGUGGCCAAUAAAGAAACUCUGAAAGUUUGUUAUUUUGUAUGCUUUAAAAGGUAAGCUGUAUUAACACUGGAGCAGUGGAAAGAGAGGAUGACAGCAGGCCAGGAGACCCAUGAGUAAACCAUUCCAGGCAUCUGUGUGUGAGAUGUCCUAGACGAGGUGCCACAGAGAGAAAGAGUAGGGUUCAGAUAUUUAGGGUUAGAAUUCAAAACUGUGUCUGAAGUUUUAAGCUUUUGUGGAUAUGACAUUGCUACAUUAACUACGUUUGGAACAUAUUAGAGGUCUGAGAGGGAAGAUGAAUACUAACGUGUUGUGUUAUGAGUCUAUGGGACAGUCGAGUAAAGAUGUCCACGUAGACUGUUGGAAAUAUAACAUCUGGAGCGCAGGGGAUAGUGUAAGGAGGUGUAGGGAGAAGAGGGCUUAUGAUGGGUUAAGGGGCAGGCAAGAAACGAACCAAGUUCAAUCCCCGUGCUGAGGAGCCUUGUUGUCCACAAGCUUGCUCUGACUUCCUUCAAAGGGAGACUUAAACGGCCUGGGCAAGGACUUGCCGCUGACCCUGCAGGCUCGCUUAACUAGCACGCCCCCAAAGCUAGCCUGGGGCAGAAGCCUGGCGCGAACGUGUGGGUCACGCGGGGCGCCGGUGGGUUGCUGCAUGCACAGGAAAAGCGUGGGAAAGGCGGGGAGAGGGCUGCGCCUGCGCAGUAGCAGGUCGUCGGUUGGUUAGUGCGCAGACCUGCCCAGCUGCGGAUGGAGGGAUGGAGCCGCCCCGAGACGUGCGCAAGGUUUCCAGCACAGCACAUAACCGCAGCGGGCGGGUCCAUUCCCUGUACACAGCCCCGAUACUUCAGAGGAUUCCCCGUAUCAACUUGGAAAACACACAUGCUAGAGGGUCGGAGUUCUCUUCUGCAACCCGUAACAUCCAGGAGCAGGGCAAGACCUUGAAUCGGCCCAAAGACGAGGCCAAGGAUGGUCCUGGGCACCGGCUGCUGAAUAUGCUGAGAAAAACUCUUAAAGGGUCUGAAAGUAAAGAACUAGAAGUGACACCUGAGGCACCAACUUUGGUGCCAUUUGGCGAUGUGGUUGGCUGCCUAGCCAUUCAUGUAAAGAAGUGCAAACAUUUUACGCCUAAGAUCAGUUUACAACAUUACAGUAAUUUGUUCAUUCGCGUCUCUAUUAACAACGUGGUGAAAUGUACAAAAAAGUAUAGCUUGCUACCCCCAAACAAUGAAGAGGACACUGUAAUUACAUUUGAUGAAGUGAAAUAUUUUUCUGUACAGGUUCCUCGACGUCAAGAUGAUGAUAAGAAUAAUAUUUACUUAGAACUAAUGCAACAUGACAGUACAAAAUAUCUUCUCUUAUUAGGGAGUGUUCAGGUACAUCUUUAUGAAGUAAUUCAGAAAGGGUGCUUUACUGAAGAACUCCGAAUGUUGAAUAAAAACACAUUUAUCUGCAGGGCAGAAGUGGAAUUUAUGUUCUCCUAUGGAAACUUUGGUUAUGGAUUUUCACAUCAGUUAAAACCUCUUCAGAAAAUUAUUAAGCCAUCUAUGUUUAUGAAUAUUGCACCACCUCCAGAAAGAACAGACCCUGUGACAAAUGUUAUUAUACCACAACCAAUAGAAUAUCCAGCAUUCUUAUCCCCAGACCUGAAUGUUUCGGUUGGGGUGCCAACUACAGCAUCCCAAUCCAACCAGCCAUCUGUAGUACGACUUGAAAAACUUCAGCUACAACCCCGGGCAAGGCUAGAAAAAAUGAAAAAAGAAUAUAGACGUCUGAGUACAUGGAUAGAAAAAGCUAGCUAUUUAGAAGGAGUUCUUACCCCAAGAUUGGAACGUAAAGAAACUAAGGAAAGUAAUACCAAUGAGAUACUUGAAAGCCAAUUGGAAGAGAGACCUACAGAUACCGUAACAUCAGAUAUCCUUCUUAUAAAGGAAGUAGCUGAAACUCUUCCAAGUGAGUUACUGGAUAAUGAUGAUAAGAAAGGCCUGACUCUACCAACUUUGAACCAGUCGGGUGAAGAUGAUUCAAAUGUUGUUGCUCCUAAAAGUGACAUGUCAACAAAGGAAACAGAUACUCCAUUGCCCACUAUUCCUAGGCUGACGUUAGCAGAAGAGGACGAAAUACCACCUUUAGAGGAACACCAGCAAGAGGCGAUGCCGGAGAGAAAAAUGAAAAAUCUGUUCUUCCCACCAGAAGAAAAAAUGAAAGAUAGAUAUCCAAGCCUUUUAAAAACUGACUCAUCUCCAUCAGAGAGUUCACAUUGUUCCUGUAGCACAGUGAAUGAAAAUUUAAAUAUCGCUAAUGGUGUAGAUGAGUUAAUACAAGAUAAGGCCUAUGGACAGAAAAAUACAAAUAGAAAAAGAAAAUCAGUGGCUUUUUCACCAAAAGAAUACAUUUCACCAUCUUUCAAACCAGAAUAUAUAGAAUUCAAGCCAAAAUAUCAGUUCCAGAAAUUCAACAUCAAGAAUGGUUUUGAUCCUUUUCUAAGGAAUAUAAACAACAAAAUGUCAGUCAGAAAAAGGAAAGACCAAGAUAUGUUCAAAUGUAGAAAUAUUUUAAGUGCCGAGGUUAUAGAGUAUGAAGACCAAGAUCCUCCUUACCCAACACAUUCAAAAACUGCAAGCCCUGCUAAUAAAACCUGGCCCCAUAAUCUUGAUAUCAUCACAAUAAAGGGUUUAGACACUAAGAAUAAGUUAGCCAGUGAUCCUGGUAUCACUGCACUAAAGACUUCAGACCUUAAGAAUAAGUUAGUCCAUGAUCCGGGUAUCAUCACAAUAAAGAAUUUAGACACUAAGAAUAAUUUAGCCCAUCAUCCUAGUAUCACCACAAUAAAGACUUUAGACACUAAGAAUAAGUUACAGGAAAGGCUACCAAAUGUAUCUUUACCAAACUUUGAGGGAGAAUCAUCAAUGACUGGAAAAGUAAAUGUAAAUAAAUGUUGCCUCUCAAAAUCAUUAAGUCUUACUUCCCACAUAGAAAAUUUAAAACAAUCAGUGGUGCUCAAGUUAAUUUUAAGUAAAAAUCUGCAAGACCUUUCAAAUAGAUUAUUUUCUACACCUGAAGUUUCUAUGGACACCGAAGCAAGAAAGAAAAGUCAUAGUUCUCCACUUCUGGCUCUUCAUGAUGAACAACCAAGUAGUUUGGAAGGCGAAGUAUUUGAAAAAAUUCAAGAUUUAAAUAGCUGGCUUUCAGAAGGAGGCAUUUUAAAUUCAAAGUCUCUUUUAAAUGAAAUAAUUAAAGAUAUUCCCACAGAUUCACUUUCAGAAGGUGGACCAGGAAAUUCUCCAGAGGUAGAAAAGGAACCUGUCUCUGAAAAACACUUAGAGGCUGGUGAGAUAGAUUUUCCAAUUAAAAAAAAGAGUAGUUUCAAAAAGAAACAUUUAAAAAGUGAAGUAUCUAGCUCCAAACCAGAUUUGAAUAGCCUUGUAUAUGAUUAUGUUAUAAAGCAAAUAUUUACUGCACCGGUCUUCUCAGAGCUGGGGAGAGGAGUGAAAGAAUGGAGUGAGACACAGAUAAACUCGCAGAGUCAAUUACCCACAGCUUGGGAGAGUUCGCCUUCCAAUGUUCUAAUUCACUAUGAAGAAAACAAUAAUGAAAUAGAAUUUCUGCCGGCCAAAUCUGUUAUAAGCCAGAUAAUACAAGCAUUUCCUGUAGAUACUCUUUUAGAAUUGGGGAUAAUCAAAGUGAUAGAAUUAGAUAAAGAAUACCAGAAGGGUUUUUUGCUGUAUACAGAGACAGCUUUUGCUGAAGAAAAGCCAAAGUAUUCCACAGAGUAUUAUUCAGAUAUCAGAAGCAAAACAGAACCUCUUUCAGAGCAGAAUACACCCAUCAUUCACAAAGAAAUCACUUCUUUUAAUGGAGUUGAAUUCAUAGACAAAGGCCAAAAUAGAUCCCCACAAGAUUCAAAAUAUCAGUCGACACCAGAUAAAAAAACAGGUUUGCCAAGUAAUGGUCAGAGGCUUGAUAGAGAAGAAAAUGAUCUAAGUUCUACUUUAGAAAAUUUAAGUAACGCACUAAUGGGUAAACUUAAUAACUCUGAUGUAAUAAUGUUAAAAUCCUUUUUGGAAAAGAUAUUUAAUGUUUUUUUCAAAUAUAGUCAGUCUAAAAGCAGACAACCAGAAAAAGAAUUAGAAAGACUAAUUGAACAUCCUUUUCCAAGUCAGACAGAAGACCUUGAAGAAAUCAAAGAGAAUUUUGAUAAAGUAGACAAAUUGGGGAGAAAACCUAUUUUGAAUCCAAAGCUGCAUGUAUUUCUAGAAGAACUCUCAGAGUCAGAAAUUAAAAAAUUUAAAUCUGAAUUAAGUAAACAUAUCCAGCAUUACCUUGUAGAAAGGCUUUCAGAAUCAGGAUACAUCACCAAAGAGGACUUACCAGAAAUCUAUCAAAAUCUGUAUUUGAUGAAUGAGAAAGUAGAACCAAAAGGGCAAAAUAUUUUUCUGGAGAAAUAUUCAGAAACUGUAAAAGAAAUCAUGUCUUUUAUAAAUAAUUUUAAUCAUCAUUUCAUAGAUAAACAUUUGGAAAUAAAGCUAAGAUCUUUUUUAAAUGAAAUUCUCCAAAACUAUUUCCUAAAAAACCUUUCAGACAACAGUUUAUUUAAAGACGCAGAAUCUGAGCCUAUACACUCAAAUGUAUCUUCUCUAAGAGCUAAAAGUGCCUCAAUAUCUUUUCAUGAGUUAGGACAAGAUAUUUCAGGAGGGAGUUUUGGUAGUAGGCUUGAAAUAAACAUGAAAUAUCCCUUAAGUAAAUCUCUACAAAACUAUCUUAUAGCUUUAUCAGAAAAUGAACUCUUAGAUCUAAAAGCUGAUUUAAGCAAACACCUCCAGAGCCUUUUUAUAGAAAAACUGUCAAAAUCAGGACUAAUCACAGAAAGGCAAUUAGAGGGGAUAAGCCGGCAUAUAAAUUUGGUUAAUUCUACUUCCACACCAUUAAAAUGUAUAAAGCCAGAUUUGUCUGUAAGAGAUGAAAAUCAGUUUGUGGAGGACCAUUCAGAAAAGCAAAAUAAAUAUUCAAAAAUUGCUCAGAAAACCACUUUACAAAAGGUUUCUGAAGAUAGACUUGUAGAAACAGAGUUGACCAAAAAGGAAGAAAAGGAACAUUUUUCCUUAGAGAAUAUUAAAUAAAGUCCAUCAAUAAUUCAGGAACAGAAAAGAUACUAUCCUAAGGAAGUGAAAAUACUCAGUUUAAUUAAAGUACAACCUUGUUCCAACAAAAAUACCCAGGCAAUUCCAGUAAAUAAGCCAUCAGAAAGACUUACAGAUACAAUGCCUAAGAAACAAAGGAAAGAACACGGUUUCAUGCAGUUUCCUCAAGCAGAGAACUGUGAUUUUAAAACAGAGAUACAAGACCCACAUAGUUGGAGUGGUAAAUCAAAAAUAACUCAAUCAAAUGCUUGCUUUGAAAAGACACUGAAAAUGAAGUCCCUUGACAAAAAGGAGCACAAUAACACCUAUAAAUUGAUAGUACAGGAAAAACCUGAAGCAGUACUGUCACCGUAUCCAAGAAUUCCUAAUUGCAAGAUGCCAAGAUGCCAAGAUGAGGAAUAUGUAAACAAACUCACUUUUCCUUCCAGGCAAAGUAAUACUCUAACUCGCCUCAAUGCAGAGGCUGGAGAGAAAUCAAAAUUAGAAGACUAGUAUCGUCAGAGAUGGAAAGGAAAUAAUAAUUAUAGAAAACAACAUUUAGUAACAUUUGCACAUUACAAAGAAGAAAUACAAACUCUUUAUAUAAAACCAAACAAACUCUUUAUAUAAAACCAAACAAAAGGUCCCUGAAUCACAAUUGCUUAAAUAUAAAGUUUUGAUAGCUGAGAAAAACUCAAAACCAUCCCUCUUCCCGGAAGUACUAAAGAGAGAAAAUCUAAAGCCCAAGGUUCAAAAAGAAAGAGACCAUGUCAGCAAACAAAGUCAUUUAACAAGAUAGUAUAUUACCAACCACACUGCCCACCACAGGAAUUCUUCUAAGAAAAUCUGUUCCAAGGGCAUUGCUUCAUUGGACUGCAAGAAGAACUAUACACGUAAUAAUGUUUUUCUAAGUCUUUUAUUUCUGUAUUUGGCAAAGUUCUGUAGAUAAUCUAGAGUAUAUGUGUCUGCAUGCAAGUAUGUAUGUAACCUUAACUGCCCCAAGAUAAACAGACCUCCAAAUUUUAAAAAUUCUUCUGACAUUCAAAUAUCACCUCACCUCAUUCAAAGGCAAUCAGAAAAUCAAGGGAAUGUUAACACACUUAGUGCCUUUAUGUAAAAUAAAGGGGACCCCCCUCUAGAUCACGAAUUAGAAAAAAAGCAUUCUUUCCUCCAGGCCGACUCUACUGGCUGACACAGCCUGGACAGGGUACACAGCUCUGUCUACGGAAGACUGGCUAUUUCAGCCCUGACUGACCCCUCAGCCAGGGGCUGUUGUGCAGGCACAACCUGUAAAACCAUUGGCAGUGGCUGUAUACUACAGAAAGGCUGGGAUUGUCUUUUCAUGCAGAUAUAAGUAUAAAUAUAUAGUCUUUUUGCAGAUUGCUGAAUUAUCUUUGUUUCAGUAAAAUAAACUAAGUUCAUAUUAUGUGCCAGUUAUUCUGCUAAGCCUUAGAGAUAUGCAAAAUUUACAAUCUCUUGAAUUAUGAAUUGUAAAAUUUUAAUUUAGCUUCUACUCUUUUCUUUUCUCUCUCAUCACCACCCCUCUGCCAUCUGCUGAGAAACAUGGAAAUUCAUAUCUAUUUUUAAUAUUAACAUAAAACAAUUAGGAAGGUAAAUCUGCUACUAGACGUUAUAUAAACCAUUCAAAAGCAAAGUUAAAAUCUCUAGGAAUGGAAGGGGCUUAUUUUAAUUUUCUGAAACACUGCUCUUCUCUAUUGGCAUAUAUAGAUAGGCAUGACCCACAGUUGGGAAAACGCACAAAUUCUAAAAUGAAAUUAUAUUGAUAAUUUGAUGUGCAUAACUAUCUUUGAAUGAGAAAAUAGAUCUAAUUUCAGAAUAGUUGCUUUGAAUUUGUUUUCCACAGCAAAGCAAAUGAUUACCUCUAGUAAAUAGUAAAGCAAAUGUGUAGCAGGGUAAAUAUUAUCAACAUACUCUCAACUUUGUAUUUCUCUUUUCUAAAUUCAAUAAUUUAAUAAUGAGUGUGUGUGUGUGUGUGUGUGUGUACAGACGAGGAAAAGGAAGUAAAAGAUGGGUUCAUAGUUUUUGAAAAGCAAAGACUUUCUGAAGUUCCCUCAGAUAAGUGGAAUCUUUAUUAUCACUUUUCCAAACAAAAUAAGAGAUUGUGUUUAUGUUAUAUGGUAUGGGAUCAUAUAGGAUCUCAGAACCUUUAUCCUAAGAAUGGAUAAGGGAGAUAGUUAUAUUUACUUCCCUCUGUCAAACCAACAGUACCUAAACUUUUCUCUCUAGUAAAAUUGACACCAGAGAAUUUGAGAGGUAAGAGGGCAUUUUUCAGAUCAUCAGAAAGACUCGCUCAUUUGAUUCUCUAAAAUCCAGGAAAUCUCCCAAAGCAAUCAAAGUAGAAGACAGGGAAAUUGAGUUGUAGGCGCUUCCAGAAAAAUAACCAGUGGUGUGGGUCUCCGUGCCCUUCUGCUGUCACUCUAGUAAUGUUAUAUCAACUGUCAAGUAAAAAUUAUAUGUUACCAAUGUAACAGAAAUUCCCUUAAUAAUUGCUUAAUAAUUCCCUUACCUAAUUGCUUCCAUGUAUAUAAGAUGGAAAAGGAAGAAUGUUUACUUGCAAACCCAGGCAAAAAUAUGGACUCUUCAUACCUCCUUCUUGGUAAAUCUUCUCUCUCUUGCUGCCGUAAUUCUUCUUAGUCCUGCCUAAAUUCCUCCUACCUGCCAAUUCUAUUAAUCUACUCCCACCUUCUCACCAAAUCAAAGCAGGCCCAUUCCCUUGGUGUGGCCAUCUCUGCAAAGCAUUAAGGGACAAACUGCUCAAACUGCAGAGGAAACAAGUUUACACUAAUUUGAGAAAUGACUAAUAACUCCAUACCCUCUUAUGGGUACUUGUAGAUUAUUACAUUUUUUAAAUAAAAUAUAGUCAUAUUGUACAAAUUUGAAAAAAAAAGAGAAAAGGAAAACUAAGCCCAUAAUCCCACCACCCUAAAACAACCAUCAUUUAAAAAAAUUAUUUUGGUGUAUUUCCUUCCAGUUAUUUUCCUAAAUAUUUUACUUGUUUAGUCUCAGAAUGUACACAAAAAUUUUUUAUAUUUUAGUAUAAACAUAACCAUAUCCUUAGAUGCCGACCUCUGUAUGCGUGUGUAUAUAAAUAUUAAAGAAGGUAUUUAUUAACUUUUAAAGAAUGAAUGGAUGCUUUAAAAAGUAUAAUAUAAGAGCUUAUAAUUUAUGUUUGGGGUUGGGGAAGAGGUAUUUUAGAAGAGGAGAAUUAUAGGAGGGCUGUCUUUGCCUAGGAGUCUGACCCCUGAGGACAGGUCCCCUAAGAUUUCUGGUUUUCAGCUCAUAUCUUGCAUACCUUUUGAAAUAACAGAUCCUUUGAAACAAUGAGAUUUUUUAAAGUAUGGUUUUUAAAGUAUCUGAUGGCAGGCAUUGAAUGUAGGGUCUGAAUUUGGGGACUGCCUAUAAAACAUUUGACUGCUCUCAUUCUUUGUUGAUAUUACAAACUUUAGUCCUUGUAAGUCUAAAAUGUACUUUUAAGAAACCUAACUCACCAACCUGAUCUUUUAUUUUAAUAUUUAGGAUUGUUCGGAUAGAGUUGAGGAUUUAUAUGUAACUUCAUUUAAGCAUCUUGAAAAAGCAAAAUCAAGAGCAAGGCUUUUAGGAAAGAGCCCAAAUGAUAGCCAUGAUCAGUUAAAAUGCUCUGCAAGACCGUAUACUGCUCCAGAGGUUAACAAACAAGAAAGCUACACUGGAAAAUUUACAAGUCCUCGAAUGGUUUCAGCAGGCUUAGUUCAUAUAAAUGAUUCAAUCCCAGAUUAUGAAAUCCAUAAAAUGCAGCCAAAAAAAAUUGAGUAUAUUGAAAAACGUUUGCUCAUUUGUGAUAUUAUCCAGAUGUUAAACAGUUCAGAAUGAUGUGUGAGGCCAAUAGUCAGAAUGUCAUUUCUCCAAUUAACAAAAUGGUUUGGAGAUCUGUCCUUUUGUGUGAUAGAAGUCAGUAACCAAAUUCCAUCUUGUUAGAACCAUUUUGUUUUAAUUAAAAUGAA